AUGGAGUCAUCACGACAGGCUGGUCCUGAGUUUCUGCCUCGGACCCGCUACUGCCCGCCGGCGCCGGCGCCGCUGAACGUGUCCGACUAUUCCCACCGGCCGCUGCCGCCUCCCCCCCCACCGAGCAAGAAUGCGCAGCCAAAGGCGAAAAGCAUCCUGGUCAAGGAAUCUCGAGCGCCGCCUCCGCCGACAUCGAUACCCUUGUCCCCGGUCAUGUCGAGGGCGAGAGGCAAGAAGCCGAGCACGAAGCCGGUCUUCGAUCUCGACACACCGCUGCCGCAACCGCCGCCGAUCCCCCCGACCAAGCCUAGCGUUCUUCCGACGCAGGGACACGCCCGUCGCGGGAGCCACUCCUCCCGCACCUCGACCGGUCGCCGAUCCUCAAACGGCCGCCGCCCCUCGACCGCGCGGCGCGCCUCCAGCAAGAUCCAGCAGCUCACGGGAUACGACAUUGACGUGGCGAAGGAAUCGAGCUUCCUGCUGGACAGCGACGACUCGGACAGCUCGAGCAUGUGCAGCCCUGGCAUGAAUUCCGACGCCCACCUGCCCAUGCUUGAGGCCGACAGCGAAGGAUUCUCGAGCAGGAGGAGCUCGUGGGCGCCACCGUCGCCUCGGCCGACGCUCAUGCCCCUGCCCUUGACCAUCAGCAAGCCGGCGAGCCAGCCGGAGGUGGACGAAGCGCUCGAUCGGGAGUCGGAGCUCGGCUUGGACGACUUGCCGACUGCCCCGUGGAUGUCGGGGGGCCGCCACUUCAGCGACACGGAGACGGCCGGCGAGUACCACCGAUUCACGGCCCAGCUUGCCUCGGACAACCACGCGCAGGUUUGCCAGGACGAGGCGGAGAAGGCGGCGAAGCGGUCGACGGCUUCCUCGCGCCGGACGAGGUCCUCCCUGGGAUCUCUCAGCAUCAGCUUCGCGCCCGGCUCGAGGUUUUCGCGUCGCAAGAACACGCCAAACGCCCUCGACGUGAAGCCGUCAUCCUUUGCCAAGGGAGGCCAUCCGUUGAAGACGCCGAACCCGCCGACCGAGUACGACGAGCCGGUGCCGGAGAUACCGAUUCAGAUGCGCAGCCACGGCUACAGCAAGAGCAUGGGCCACAGCCGCAGCAAGAGCAAGAGCCAGAGCCAGAGCCAGAGCUCGAGUCACAGCAGGGGCCCGAGCCAGAGCCAAAGCUCGAGCCACAGCCGGGGGCCGAGCCAGAGCCAGAGCUCGAGCCACAGCUGGGCCCAGAGACAGAGCCAGAGCUCGAGCCACAGCCGGAGCCAGAGACAGAGCCAGAGCUCGAGCCACAGCAAGGCGUAUAGCCAGAGCCAGAGCGCGUUCGACGACGAUUCCGAUGACGAGAGAGGCCCCGGCCAAGGCAUCAAGGACUGGUUUGGACGGAAGAGCAGCGAGCACCACGGAGCAGCGGACCGGCCGCGCGCUCUCAGCGUCAGUGCGAGGCGACACCAUUGA